AUGAAAGUCCUUCUUGAAGGAAACGACGAGUGGAAAAUCAGCUUUCGGAAUGAACGUGAUUGGGUUAGUCGUUUAGUGAGACUACAGUUACAACAACGCACUGAACGUAAGACACUCGAGGCGCUUUUAACAGCUGAGAGGGGACGAGCAGAAGCUCUUAUGGACCUCUUGGAAUCGCAAUAUGGUGUCAGGAAAUCGAUUCGUUCACAGCCGAAACAGCAGAUGGAACUUAUUAUUUCAAACCAUAUUUCGUCACCCACGUUAUUUCUAAUGAAUGAUACCCAGUCAGUGAAUAUCUGGAUGCUGUUAAAGUGGGGAAAGCUUUGUGACUUUGUGCAACAGGAAGUUAGCAGUGAUGACUUGACAUCAAUGACUUAUCAAACAUACAAACAGAUUGGUGUGAACAAAAGCCUGUGGAAAAAGAUUCGCCCCCAGCUGCAGAGAGAGAUCGAAGACCAGGAUGGUGCUUUAAAAGUAUUAUACGACAUAUUCAUCGCUCCAAUUUCACACUCGAUAGGUGACGAACUCGUCAUUGUCCCUGACGGUUCAUCGUUCUUGAUUCCUUAUGCUGCCCUCGUGGACCAAAACUCCAGGUAUUUAAAUGAAAUGCGUAGAAUUAGAUUGAUUCCAUCACUGACAAGCUUAUGGCUGCUGGCAGAAUGUCCGGAGGACCGCCAUAGUUCAUCCGAGGCUCUACUUGUUGGCAACCCGUGGGUGGAAACUGUACGCAUCAAAGGCUGCAAACCGUUUCCACAGCUUCCAGGUGCUGAGGAAGAGGUAAAAAUGAUUGGGCAAAUUCUACACAUCGAGCCUCUCACCGGAAAGAACGCCACAAAGAUCGGGUUUUAA